AUGGCUGACGACUACCCCCACAUGUCCAGCCAACCUCAAUUCGUCCAUUCCACCUGGAUUGAACCAGACCCCCGACGCGAGAAAGUAGUCGGAACUUUCGACUUUCCUUCUCCAGAAGAACUUCUCAAGUCUGCCGCGUCUUGCCAGCAAGAGUUUCGCUCGCGUCUCUCUGGAUAUGAGCUCCUAGCUCUCGACAGCGACGACGAAAAGGAGCCUGAUUUUGAUAUGGCUUUUGAAUCUUUGCUGGAUCCGAGCUCUGAUCCACCUGUUUAA